AUGCGUUUUUGGACCAAAUAUGAUUUCUGUGACACUGAAGACUGGAGUUGGGGCACUGUGCUAUCGCAGCUGGGUUGUGCUGCUCUGGCUUCAGCUUUGAGAUCAAACCCUGAACACCUGAGAGAACUGAAUCUGACAUGGAAUCAUCUGGGAGAUACUGGUGUGACACUGCUCUCUGCUGGACUGGAGAAUCCUCACUGUAAACUGGAUAUACUGAGGUUGAGUUAUUGUGGAGUCACAGAUGAAGGUUGUGCUGCUUUGGCUUCAGCUCUGAGAUCAAACCCUGAACACCUGAGAGAACUGGAUCUGUCUGGGAAUAAACUAGGAGUGCAUCUGAUUUCUCAUCUAAAGAAUGAUCCACGUUAUAAGAUAGGGUUGCAACUAUAAGUGCAAUAUCCAGAACAAAAUGCAUAUCCAAAUCUCCAGGAGAAAAUUAAGCCAACAAUCUGUAUGAAAAAAAUCAGGAAAUUUAACUGAAAAAAAAAAAAAAUCAAAUGAAUAGUAUUCAAUAUUACAUAGCAAUUCAAUUCAAAAUAGUCCAGAUAUGCAAGCAUUCUCAGUGGUAAAGAGAACACAGAUUUGAUCGAUCUGCUCAAUGUAUUUGAGCCACACUGAAACAUUAGCAUUGCAUUAGUAGAGCUGCAUUAUUAAUCUCUUAGAUUUAAAUAAAUUAUUAUGGUGCAGCAGCCUUAUUU